AUGCUAGCUUUGGCAUCACUAUUUGAAAACUCCUCAAGGUACUGCUGCCACAGCUCCAUUGCACAUCCAGGCAACUCUGCUGGGGGAUCUGACAUAGGAAUACAGUGGGAACCUUCGAAGUGGAGACACAGGGAUUCAGUUCAGUCUUCAAGGAGAUUCUCAGGAAUUGCAAAUCCAAACCAUAAUGAUUUGAAAAUAGUAGGAUCAACCACAUUUCCAGUCAAAAUUUAUGUCAAGGUGAAUCACAACAGUCCACGUAUUCUGUGUGUAACAAAUCGGCUACGAAAUUCAGAGCUGAUAGAUCCAGUAUACCAAUGGCAUGGACCAGGAGGUGACCUUGUUGCAGUCGAAAAUAGCAGUGUGAAAAUAACACCAACAGGAACCCUAAUAUUCAGACACUUCAAAUACGACAUGAGUGGAAUUUACACUUGUUCCCUCGUUUUUAGACCAACUGCAGAGCAGGCUGAAAAAAACUAUUUGCUCAAAUAUGUUAUUUAUGCUUAUUCUGAUCCUAACUUUUACUAUGAGUUUACAGCCCGGUAUCAUGCAGCCCCUUGCAACAGUAUCUACAAUAUUUCUUUUGAGAAGAAGUUGCUUCAAAUACUAAGCAAACUUGUCACUGAACUUUCUUGUGAGGUUACUUUACUCAAGGCAGAGUGCCAUCAUGUAAAAAUGCAGAAAGCAGGUCUACAAAAUGAAAUCUUCUUUACUUUUACAGUUUCUUCUUUAGAUACAGAAAAAACCAACAAUCCAUGUCAGCAAAAGAGUUGUGAUACUGCUAAAAGAUUAAAGAAGGCAAAAGACCUUAUAGAGAGAUUUUUUAACCAACAAGUGGAAGUGCUGGGGAAACGUUCUGAACCCUUACCUGAAAUAUACUAUAUUGAAGGUACUCUGCAAAUGGUAUGGGUUAAUCGCUGCUAUCCAGGAUAUGGAAUAAAUGCUCUGAUACAUCCAGAUUGUCCUGAUUGUUGUGUUGUCUGCAGCCCAGGAUCAUAUAAUCCCCACGAUGGAGUUCACUGUCUUCAGUGCAACCAUACUUUGAUAUACGGAGCAGCAAAAUGUUAG